AUGAACCCCUCCGACCGCACAAAAGAAAGCCUCCUCAACAAGACCGAAAACCUCUGCAACGCCAUCAUCGAUAUUCGCAACCCGGACCCCUGGGGCGGCUCCGGCUACCUCAGCACCAUCCUGCGCCUUGCUAAACUCGCAGACGCGAGCGCGUACAGCAAUGUCGAGGCGCUGGAGCCGGGGAUCGAUUAUGCGACGAGUGCGGGGCGGGAACUGGGGAUUAGGGAGCAGGCGGCUGGGGUGAUCAAGACGGCGCAGGAUUUGUCGACGCUGAUACGCGAUUUGCAGGAGUUGUGGCUGUUUGGGGGGUUGGAUACGUUGAGUGGGGAGCGGGAUGGGGAGGAGGCGAAGAAAAAGGCGGUGGAGGUUGCGGAGAUGAUGGAGGGGUUGGCGAGGAGGGGGAGGAUACAGCACGGGGACAAGGAGGAGGACAAGAAGAAUGGGGUACGGCAAGCUGGUGGUGGAGAGGUGGAAAAGAUGUGA